GCACUCGUAAGCUGGGCGUGGGUCUCGAGGCACUGCAACUCGGAGAACUGUAAGAGCGGCAGGACCGAGCGGGAGGCGAUGCGUAUCUUCCGCAGUGCCCGAAACCUGCGUAAAGUACACAUGUGGUGCGCCGUCAGCCCCCACGUCAUCGACGUGCUCUGCGACAAAUGCCGGAGACUCGCAGAUCUCUGCCUGCACGCCGCCCAGAAGCUCGGCUAUUCGACGGUGAAGAACUCGGUCGAGCAGUGCUCCGGGAUACACGUGCUGACGGCACCCGACGAGCUGCUGAAGACCGAGAAAUUUUCAGAGGCGGUGUCGCGUCUGCAGCACCUCCGUGUGCUGUGUCUGCAAGAGAGAUACGUGGGGACGACUUGCGUCCUGCGUCCUUGUGUGCUGAGACCUUUGGGUGACGGGUGCCCCCGACUGGUCGAGAUUGACUUCGGACGUAUGUCUGUCGAUACGGAUGAUCUGAAGUACUUUCUGAAUGCCAAGAAGAACACCCUAAAGUGCUUACGAAUAAAGUGGUCGGUGGGUGGAACGAGGCACGUCAUACCGUUGCUGCCGGUAUAUGCCGACAGCUUGGAACGUCUGGAACUUUAUGAGUACGACAUAGUCCGCAACUCGGCCAGAGAGGCGUUCACUACCGUCGGAAGCUUGAAGCACUUGCGGGAACUCAGGAUGUCCGUCCCCGAUCGAAUACCGCCCGGAACAGCUGCUCUGGCUUUUACGAAUGGAGGACUGCCACAACUGAAAGUGCUGGAUCUACCACACGGAUACGGUGUGGAAGAUAACACAGUAAUUGCCAUCAGCCACGGAUGUCCCGGUUUGCGGCAGCUCUCCGUCACUCACGCUACGAAGCUGUCACCUGCUGCCUUCUCGGAGAUCGACCGUCUAGAACAUCUUGAAAUAUUAGAUGUGACAGGUUGUAGCAGACUCGGCGGAGGCCUAUUCCCCUGCCUCGUCGGGCUACCGCAACUUCACACGUUGCGAAUGGGUACCGUGUAUUUCGGUACCACGUAUUUUACAGAGUUGCAGCCAGGUGUGAGCAGCAUCCUCAAAUUGUCAGGUUUGCGCUGUCUGACAUUCGAUUAUUCGGAUGUUACUGGAGUGCCUUUUGAUAAGUUUCCGGAGAAUCUCAUCAGUCUCAGGGAGCUGAGUGUCGAAGGGUGCCGAGGUGACCCCAGAGCCACAGACGGGCUGACCGAGCAGAUGCCCAAUCUCGUAAUCCGCGGCACGGUCCACGCUGAGCUACAGCCUUUCUACUUCGAGGCACUCGAGGAUGUAGGGCCCGGCGAAGCAGACGAAGCGGUGGACGACCGUUCGGAGAGUGACGAAGACGGCGACAGUGAUAGUAGCGUCGGCGGCAGUGACAGUGAGAGAGGUUGAGAGCACUAUAUCUGUAUGUAUAAAAAUGAUGUGAAAUUUAUAGGAAAGUACAAUUCUCAGUACUUGUCAACAUAAGCGGAAACUGUUUUGAAGGAAUAUAACAAAUAAUUUUAGAAAUGUGUAGAAGAAACAGUAAUGUUGUUUGAAUACCUGCUGUAAUAAUCUGCAAUAAUGUUUGAUUCUUGUUGUAACAACAAUGGAUUCACAAUGAAACAAAUUUUUUAAAUGAUAAAAUGGCUACACAGAUCAGGUAGCAAUUCAUAAAUAGCACUGACAAUGUUUUUUUGCAGUAAGUCGAAUUUAAAAACUUCUUUGUUUUUAUAAACCUGUGAAACAAUAAUAAAUGAGGACUGCUACCUUGUUA